AUGAGUUUUAUUGUUAGCAAUUCACCACCAAAUAGCCAACAAAAACAAAGACCAAUGAUUAAUAGUUCUCAUCAUAAAGCAAAGUGUAAAUAUUGUUUUGAAAAGAUGGGUGGUAUACCUGUUAAUAUGUUACAACAUCUUAAAGAAGAUUGUUCUAAAAUUAGUGAAGAAAUUUGUGAUACUCUUCGAUUUGUAUCUGAUAGUGAAUCAGAUAUGGCUAAAGCACAACGUCUUAUGUGUCAAGAUUCGAAAAUAGGCAGAAAGGUUCUUACUAUACCUUGUAUGGCAUACCAAACAAACUUACUUGUCAAAAAAAUUGUGAAAUCAUCUAUUUUUGAGCCCAUUAUUAAAAUACUCUUAAAAAUUGUUAACCAUUUUCGAAAUUCAAAUUUGACUUUAGCAAAAUUGCGGGAAUUAUCACAAGAUUUAAAUUUAACACCUCAAUAUCCUUGUAUUACAUGUUUGGCAACUUUUUCUAAGAUUAUAGCAAUUACUCAUUCUAAUCUUUUAACUACAAGUAGAAAAAAUGAUAAUAGCAUAAUUAAUGCUAUAGAAAGUAUCGAUUUUUGGGAAAAACUUACAAUGUUUUAUAAAUUACUAAGGCUUUAUGAUCAUAUUAUUAUGAUUUUAGAAUCUGAACAUGCUACUCUUGGACAAGUUGCAGCAACAUGA